AUGGGUGUAUUAGGACGCGCCAUAGUAGAGGUCAGCUCUAAACUUACAGGUGUUGUUGCGAACUUGGUUCAAGAGGAAACAAAUGGUUCAUCACGACUGGGAACGUUUCUCUUUCCAUUUCUAGCAUUCUUCUUGGGCAAUUUAACACCGGAUGGACAAUAUCCAUGGGGAAACCUCACCGACUGGGGCAACGACCAAUACACCGAGUCUCCUGCAACAGGAGCAGUGAGAACGUACGACUUUGUCAUCAGCCGAGGACUCAUUGCACCGGAUGGAUACCAACGGGACGUCUUACUAGUGAACGGCGCGUUUCCAGGCCCCAUGAUUGAGGCGAACUGGGGUGACAUGAUUGUCGUCAACGUCUUCAACAACAUAUCUUCUCCGGAGGAGGGUACGGCGAUGCACUGGCACGGUUUCCUCCAGGAUGAUACCCCAUGGGAUGACGGCGCACCCGGUGUCUCCCAAUGUCCCAUUGUUCCUGGCAAGAGUUACACGUACGAGUUCAAAGCAAGUCUCUACGGCACAUCCUGGUACCACGCCCACUACUCAGCGCAAUACGCCGGUGGCAUCGUCGGUCCCAUCGUCAUCCACGGCCCCACACAGGCCAAGUACGACAUCGACCUCGGCCCCGUCAUGCUCAGCGACUGGUACCACCGCCCCUACUUCGACCUGAUCAAGGACAUGCUCGCGCCUGGCGGUAGUCCCAGUGUGCCCUCGGACAAUAAUCUCAUCAACGGCAAGAUGAACUUUGAUUGCGAUACCGCCGCCGCAGCAGGCGACAAAACCCCGUGCACUCCCAACGCGGGUAUCUCCAAGUUCAAGUUCCAAACUGGCAAGACCCAUCGCCUAAGGCUCGUCAACUCGGGCGCCGACGGCGUCCAACGCUUCUCCAUUGACGGACAUACCAUGACCGUCAUCGCCAACGACUUUGUCCCCGUGAAACCCUACAAUGUCACGGCCAUCUCCCUUGCCGUUGGUCAGCGCGCUGACGUCCUCGUCACCGCCAACGCCGCUGGCAGUGACCCCAAGUCGGUCUUUUGGAUGCGCUCUGACCUGGCCAAGUGCUCUGCAGCCAAGCAGCCGUUUGCGUUAGCGGCCGUUUACUACGACCAAGCAGACCCCGAAACAGCGCCGUCGAGCCAGCCGUGGGCAGACGCGGGCGACCCGGACAGUACUUGUGGCGCGAGCGACGAUUUGGACAAGAGGGAGCCGCUUUAUCCGAUUCCUGUGAGAGGAGAGCCGGCGGUGACCAAGGAGAUGAAGAUUGAGGCGUACAGGAACGCGUCGGAUGUGUUUCUGUUCUUGUUUGAUGGCGUAAGUGCGAGGGUGGAUUAUAAUCACCCGGCGUUGGAUAUGGUGAUGAAGGGAAACAUGAGUUUCCCAGAGGUGUCGAACGUGAAGGAUUUUGGGUCGGCGAAGACAGUGAGGGUGGUUGUCAUUAACAAGGGGCCUGGACCACACCCAAUGCACCUCCACGGGUACAACUUCUACGUUCUCUCCUCCAGCCCCGGCGACUGGGACGGUAAGACGAUUGUCCGCCCUUCCAACCCCGUGCGAAGAGACACCGAGGUUGUCAGGCCCCACGGGCACCUGGUGCUGCAGUUUGAUGCAAACAAUCCGGGCAUAUGGGCGUUUCAUUGCCAUAUCGGGUGGCAUGCGUCGGGAGGAUUCGUUGCCAGCUUUUUGACACAGCCGGACGAGGUGAGGAGGCGAUGGGGAGGAGAUAGGAUGCCAGGUAAGAUGGAGCAGGUGUGUAGGGAGUGGGAUGCGUGGAGUCAGAACACGGUUGUUGAUCAGAUUGACAGUGGGACAUGAAGACCCAGGCUGUCGUGCAGGGAGCAUUAGGCGUAGAAGGGCUUGGGAAUUAGGUGUGAUUUGGUUGGGCUUGUUUUGGUACAUAAAUACCCUUUUGUUUGGAUCUUGAUUUUUAUGGUCUGUUGGAUUGCAUAUGGCCUGAUGAUCUGGUUGUUUUUAUUGUUUGUAAACGUCAAUGGGUUGCUGCUCCAUUUUCCAGUGUUCAAACAUGUUUGAAGUACUUGUGGGCUGAAGCAGGAGAUUUCGGAAGAGCUUGUUGCCGAGUUGGACACGCAGACCUAUUUUUGUGCUGCAGUCAUG